CCUCUGCGAGGGGUUUCGUUUCGGUUGCCAUUGGAAAGACAGCUGAUUGCGGCGCUCUCGCGCUCUUCCUCGUUAUCUGUGAGAACUAAUACUAAUCAGCGCAGUUCAUAUUUUCAACUUUCCUGAAUUCAUUUUCAUUCCGUGCCAUGCCAACGGCCGCUAAAGAUCGCGCUGUUCUUCGGUUCUACACAAGAUAUAGCCAUCUAUAUAAUUACGCGCGGCACGCACACACUCAAACACCGCGAAAUACAAAAUAUUAUUUAUUCUAAUUGCUUGACGCGCCUCAAAAAUUAACGCAAAAAGCAGGCCUACGACGAACAAACGGAAAGCGCAAAUUAAAUGGAGAACGCGAGCUAAAACAACAUAGAGAUAAAGAGAAAAGUGAAACCAACAUUGCAGUUAAGGUUACAAAGCCGAAGUAUCAAAAGUGCUAGACAACAUAUUGAAAUCUUGAAAUCACGACAUGUCCAGUUGGAGUUUGGCCAGUGCCGUGUCGCCAAAUGUCACCGGUGGCGAUGUCAUCCGGUUGAACCACCUAAAGUCCAGCUCGGAAACGCAUCUGCCAUCUCGGGGAUCCGGAUCGGCGUCUGGAGGGUCUGGAGCACUACCUCGUCCCACGACGCCCGUGCCCUCCAAGAAACUGUCAUCCAAACGACCUCCGCACUUGACCCUCAACAUAAAGGCCAAGUCCCACGAUGCUCCGCUGGCCGAGACGGAAAACACAGUGCUCUCGACCAGUGAAUCCGUCUAUGGAACUCCGCUGGGCGCCACACCCGUUUCGUCACCUGCCAACCAAAGUCAACGCAGUCAGGCGAGCCAGCAUAGUGACGAAAGCCGCCACAGCAGCAGCACCGCCACCAGCGGAGGUUCAAUAUUCCCCCACGAACAGUACAAAACCAUCAAGAAGAUCAACAUCGGCUUCGAGAAUAUACGCUACACUACCAAAUUCGGAGUCUUCCAGAGGGAAACCAAGGAUGUGCUAAUGGGUUUAACGGGCUACUUCAAGUCGGGAGAACUUAGUGCCGUAAUUGGACCCUCUGGAGCUGGAAAGAGUACUCUGCUCAACAUUCUGUCAGGAUACACAACAUUUGGCUUUUCGGGGGAUUUCCGGGUCAAUGGCAACAGGCGGGACUUGAAAGCCUUCAAGCCGAACGUGGCGUUCAUCCGCCAGGAUACGAGUCUUCAGGCUUUUCUCUCCGUCAAGGAGGCAAUGCAUUUUGCGGCCAAUUUGAAGAUCGGCACUCACAUGACACACAGCGAGAAAAGGGAGCGGGUAAAGUGCAUCCUGGAGGCCAUCGGUAUGUACGAAAACCGGCAUACCAGGACGGGGCAGCUCAGUGGAGGUCAGAGGAAGCGUCUUGCUAUUGCCCUGGAACUGGUGAACAACCCACCGGUGCUGAUCCUGGACGAACCUACAACUGGCUUGGAUAGUUUCACCUCGAAUCAGCUGAUAAAUCUGCUAAAGAAGCUCGCCAUCGAGGGACGCACAGUCAUCUGCACGAUCCACCAGCCAAGUGCCUUGACCUUCGCCAUGUUCGAUCAUCUUUAUGCCAUUGGCGAGGGCAGGUGCAUAUACGCCGGAGGACCCCAAAACCUGCUGCCCUUCCUGGGCGCCCUUAAUUUGCACUGCCCGGAAUCCUACAAUCCAGCGGAUUACUUAAUGGAAAUAGCAACUCAUGACUAUGACACGGCGGAAGACAAUCAGCUGGAGAAGCUGGUGGCCCUGAUGGACAAUGGUCGCAAUGAGGAUUAUAGACAGAGCAAGACUGCGCGAGUGGCCCAACUGGCGGCCAUGAAGAAAGUUGACCAACUUAUGGCAGCGGGACUGAUCACACCGGUGACAGCUCCUGUGAUGUCCACAUCCGUGCCAGCGCAUUUCAUGCAGGGCAACACCUUCAAGCCACUCACCCCCAUCAAUGAGCUGUCCUCCCGUGUGUGGGACAGCCAAACGGCGGGAAUCGGAAAAUCUGGGAGCUGCUGCAAGCCAAAGAAGAAAAAUAAAUCCAGGCCAGCCAUAGAAUUGGAUCCAUCGCAUCUAUGCAAAAGGCAGAACAUCUACGCCACUCCGUUCUACCGACAGUUGAGCAUUCUGCUCGUGAGGACAUUCCUGCUAAUUUGGCGGGACAGUUCGUUGACUACGAUGCGCUUCGCUAUUCACCUGAUCACAGGCAUCCUAAUAGGAACCCUGUACUUUGGGAUCGGCAACGAUGCCGCCAACACGCUUAAUAUCUUCCGAUACCUCUUCUACACGAUCAUGUUCAUCAUGUACUGUGCGUUCUCAGGCAUACUGGUGAAGUUUCCGCUGGAGUUCCCCAUCGUGUCGCGGGAGCACUUCAAUCGCUGGUAUUCCCUGCGGGCGUAUUACGUGGCCAUCACCGUAGCAGACCUGCCCAUCCAGAUAAUCUGCAGUGCCCUGUUCAUAGUGCCCACAUAUCUGAUGACCCAACAGCCGCUGGAGCUCUGGCGAUUCGGAAUGUUCUUCCUGAUUGUGUUCGUUACGGCUCUGGUCUCGCAGAGCAUUGGCUUGGCGGUGGGAGCAGCGUUGAGCCUCAAGCUGGGCUCCAUUCUGGGACCCUUCUUCAUCUGCCCGUUCCUCCAGUUCAGCGGGUUCUUUCUGAUGGAGAAGGACGCUCCGGUGUAUCUGCGCUGGAUGUUCGACAUAUCGUUCCUCAAGUACAGUCUGGAAGGGGCCACGAUGGCCAUUUUCGGAUACGAUCGCGAGCCCUUGGCCUGCAAUGAGCUCUACUGCCACCUGAGGCACCCCCAGUUCAUACUCAAAAGUCUGGACAUGGCCAACGGAAACUAUACGCUGGCCCUCAUCUUUCUGGUCGGCGUUUUGGUCUUUCUGCGCAUCCUGGCGUUCUACAUCAUGUCCUUCCGCCUCAGAUUGUUCAGAACAACAAUCUGCUGCCGUCUAAUGGCCGAUAACGCGGUGCAAGCUCAGCCAAAUGGUCUGGGCGAGAAGCAAAAGGCGCUGGAGCUGCACUUUAGCCAAGUUAGCUACAGCUUGAAGGGGGCCACCAAAGGAUCCACUCCCAUUAUCAACGAUGCAUGCGGGGUCUUCAAAUCGGGACGACUCACUGCCAUUUUGGGUCCCUCGGGAGCUGGAAAGUCUACCUUGCUUAAUGCAUUGGCUGGUUUUAAACUACAGGGAGUAACGGGCCAGUUUCUGUUGAAUGGACGCCCCAGGGAUAUAAUGAGCUUUCGGAAAAUGUCCGCCUAUAUUGCUCAGAACUUUGUGAUGCUGAAUCUGCUCACGGUUGAGGAAACGCUGCGUGUGUCUGCGGACCUGAAGAUGCCCAGUUCCACAGCUGCUCAGGAGAAACAGAAAAUUAUAGACGAUAUUAUCGACAUACUGCAGCUGCAGGCCUGCCGCAGGACCCUGGUGAAGAAUUUAUCCGGAGGCGAGCACAAGCGCUUGUCCAUUGGCAUUGAGUUGGUAACGAAUCCGCCCAUUAUGUUCUUCGAUGAGCCCACCAGCGGAUUGGAUUGUGUGGGCAGCUACCAGGUGAUUUGCCAUCUGCAGCGACUGGCUCAUGAUGGCAGGAUAGUUGUUUGCGUGGUUCAUCAGCCAGGAUCACGACUCUUCCAACUCUUCGACGAUGUCCUGGUUUUGGCUCACGGAGAGGUCCUUUACGCUGGUGAACAGCGGGAAAUGCUUCCCACCUUCGCACAAUCCGGCCACAUCUGUCCACAGUACUACAAUCCCGCGGAUUUCGCCCUGGAAGUGUGCAGCCAGUCCUCCACCACAGAACGCUGUGAAUCGCUCAUCACUCAGAACAAGAUGAUGCACAGCACCGCCAGUAAUGUUGUGAAGCUUCAAGUGGAUGAGGAGACAGCCUUGAUUGAUGUCCACAAGGAUGCCUUGGACUUGUCCCACCUGCGCGGUAAGGAGCAGGUGGGUUUCUGGACCCAGCUAAGUGUCCUGCUUCGUCGUCAUCUGCGCUCCAUGUCCAGAGAUAUGUUUGCUGUCCAAAUGCGUCUGGUGAUGCACGUGGUGGUGGCCCUGCUCUUGGGCGUUGUCUACUGGCAGAUAGGUGGCGAUGCGCAGAAAAUCGUGUCCAAUGUAUCCUGCCUGUUUUUUGUGAUACUCUUCGUGUUCGCCGGCAAUGCCAUGCCUUCGAUCCUGCUGUGCAUGCAGGACUCUGCGGUGUUCAUCAGGGAGUACUACAACGGAUGGUACUCCCUGGGAGCCUACUAUCUGUCCAAGGUCCUGGCCGAUCUGCCCCUGCAGCUGACUUGUCCCACAAUGUUCAUCAGCAUCGGCUACUUCAUGACGGGUCAGCCUCCGGAAUUCCAGCGAUUCGCCAUGUGCUGGGCCCUGUGCGUAAUGACCGCCUUCAUUGGUCAUUUCAUCGGAGUGAUCGCAGGCUCCCUGUUCACCAUGCAGUUGGCCAUAUUCCUAGUGCCCAGUGCCACCAUUCCGUUCCUCCUGUUCUCCGGCUUUUUUAUCCGGUUGAACGAACUCUCCUGGUUCCUGCGCCCCAUCUGCGACGUGUCCUUCUUCAGGUACAUCUUCGAGGGUCUGAUGAGGGCCAUCUAUGGAUACGAUCGCGGGGAACUGGAGUGCUAUGCCACAAACAACUUCUGUUACUACAGAACGGCGGAGCAGUUCCUCAAGGACUUCCAAAUGCAGGGCAAUGAGUUCGGUUGGGAUAUGACUGUCCUGGGAAUGUUUCUCAUCCUCCUGCUGCUAGCCUUCUUUGUAACCCUGAACGCAGUCAUCCGGCGAGCUCUUCGGUGAUAUGGUUAGUAAGGAAUCUGGUCUUUGACAAAUGUAAGAGAUAUUGUUAGUGAAUGCUAAUAAAGUGUUACGGAUUGUUAAACCUUUUA